CCCUGCAACAUCUUGCUUUUUCCUUGAACAUAUAAAGCUCGUGCUUGGUUCUUGACUCUGGUUCGUUCUUCCCACAGAUCUCCUCCCUUCUUCCUCCUCUUUUGCGAAUUUGCGCUUGACUGUACUUCCUUCGCUCGUACUCGUUCAUAUUCAUCCAUGGUGUUAACUCCUGCAAAGCGCAUUAUGGAUUUCGCCGGUGUCCCCCCCAACAACGCAGCUCCUGCUGGCCCAAUGUCUUUUCCCAACGGUACUCCUCCCGCUCCUGACAUGGGCUCUGCCCCUCCUCCCGGUUCUGGUCCUGAUUCUCCCAAGACCACUCUUUGGAUGGGAGAGCUCGAGCCUUGGAUGGAUGAGAACUUCAUCAAGGGUGUUUUUAUGUCUGCGGCCCAUGAAACUGUUAAUGUUAAGGUCAUCCGCGACAAGAACUCUGGUAAUGCUGGGUACUGCUUUGUUGAAUUCCAGUCCCCUGAAGCCGCUACCAACGCCCUCGGCAUGAACGGAAAGCCAGUUCCUAACAGCCAGCGCUCCUUCAAGCUUAACUGGGCUUCUGGUGGUGGUCUCGUUGACCGACGGGAUGAUCGUGGCCCCGAGUACAGCAUUUUCGUUGGCGACCUUGGCCCCGAGGUCAACGAGUACGUCCUGGUUUCUCUCUUCCAGGCUCGAUUCCCUUCUUGCAAGUCUGCCAAGAUCAUGACCGACGCCAUGUCUGGCCAGAGCCGUGGCUAUGGUUUCGUUCGCUUCUCCGACGAGAACGACCAGCAGCGUGCUCUUGUUGAGAUGCAGGGUGUCUACUGCGGCAACCGACCCAUGCGUAUCUCUACUGCUACCCCCAAGAACCGUGGUAACCACGGCUUUGGUGGUCAAGGACACCACAACGGCGGUCCCAUGAUGGGCGGUAUGCCUCAGCAGCAGAUGUGGAAUGGAGGUGGCAUGCAGGGCUUCGGCUAUGGUGGUUUUAACCCUGCCACUCAGAUGAACCAGUUCACUGACCCCAACAACACCACCGUCUUCGUUGGUGGCCUUUCUGGCUACGUCACUGAGGACGAGCUCCGAUCCUUCUUCCAGGGCUUCGGUGAGAUCACCUAUGUCAAGAUCCCUCCUGGCAAGGGCUGCGGCUUCGUUCAGUUCGUCCACCGCCACGCUGCCGAGAUGGCCAUCAACCAGAUGCAGGGCUACCCCAUUGGCAACUCUCGCGUGCGCCUCAGCUGGGGACGUUCUCAAAACAACUCUGGCGUUGGUACUCCCUACCGCCCCGCCCCCCCUCCCCCUCACUACAUGGGCAUGCCCAGCCACGGCGGACCUGGCAACUAUGGCCCUCAGCACUUUGGCGGCCCUGCUCCCGGCCCCCAAGGCCCUCCUGGCCCUCCUGGACCCCCCGGACCUGGCGGUCCUCCUCAGGAGUUCUAACUCCAUUUGCAGUAAUUUGACCACGAACUCGUUGACGAAGGGGCUUUUAUACGACCAAUCCCCGGCACUUAUAUUUCCUUGGGCUCAGUUAUCUUGCCUUAUCAUGAGCUAUUGCGUAGCAGUUGUAUCUGCUUUUCGGCAGUUUACGAGUGAUACCCAACCCUGAUUUCGAUUUGGGUUCAUGACUUUAAGUUUUAUGGCAGCUCAGGAUUUUAACACAACACCACGCUCACUCCAUUUCCUUGGGUCUGAAUCAUGAUUGGCGUUGGAGAUCUUUGGUCCCCCGGUGGAUUGUCAUC